AUGAGCCGUUCUCCAGCAAGGCGUCGCUCGGGCGAACUCUCAGUGCCAGUCGACAAGAACAAUCCAAUGGAGACGCACAGCAUCACCUUCGAAUGGCCGCUGCACGAUCUCAAGCAGCACUUUGACUCGUCCAAUUCUGAUGCCAAGUCGAAAGUUAUCAAGUCAGUACCUUUCGGACAAGGUAGAUGGACAGUACUCUUUUAUGCUCAAUCUGGUUUGCAGCAAUUUUGCUCGCUCUACCUCAACGCCGAACCUACGCCCGAGGAGAGGAACCACAGCAAGUCGCCGUGGGAUAGCUAUCUUGCAUCAAACAGUAACACCCGAUCGCAAGCAUCGCUUGCAGACAAGCUCGCCGGCGCCACAGAUGAAGGCUGGACGCGACAGGGACUCUUCCGCUUCACAUUCAAGAUCCUCACUCUCAACAAAGGCAUUGUCCUUGCAACCAAGGAAGCCUUCAACCAUGCUUUCAGCCAUAAGACGUCCAACUGGGGCUGGGCUCAAUUCGCCUCGCGUGAUACCGUCUUUUACACCAACAGCGAGGUGCGGGAGACGGAUGGCUUCCUCAUUUCAGUCACCAUUACAGCCAGCGCAGAACGUCCACGACCGCUCACCUUGGGCGUCACUGUGCCACCGGCGCUCAUUCAGGCGAUGGGAUCACUCCUCGACGACCCGGAUCAUAGCGACGUUGUCUUUGUCAUUCGUCGCAAACGCCGCCAUCACAAAACUGGUGCCAUUGUAACACGAGAACGCCGCAUCUACGCCAUCAAAAAGAUCCUUGCUUCCCGCUGCGAAUACUUCCGCGACAUGUUUGACAGUGGUUUCGCCGAGGGCGAUGUCACUGCGGGCUCAGACGACGAGACGGACGACGAGGUUUCCCUGGCUCACGCAAACUCGCGCGGAGUGGGACAGGACGGGCUCAGCCUGAUUGGCAGUAAUUGUUUCCCAUCGUCCGUCGAAGAGGACGAUGACGAGCUUGGCUUGGAAGAUUCGGAUGAGGAGAUGGACGUAGAUGAGGUGUAUGAGAUGGGCAUGUCCAACUUGACCGAUCAGCAAAGGAACAGCGAGGCUGGUCUUGCUCGUAACUUGGCCUCAGACACCGCAACAACCCCGGUGAAAGCGGCUGCGACCAGCUCAGAGUCGUCUGCGGCCCGACGCAUGCGCGAGACCAGCUCAGACGUCGCUCAGCUCAGCCCGUUUUCGUCGACUCAAACCCCGAGCAUUCCUUCCAAUUCAGCACAGGCCUCUGAUUACGUCUCGCUGCAGCAGACGACGCCUCCGCAGUCGCGCAACAGGCAAUCCAAUGACCAAGAUGCGGGCACCGACAGCGGCGAAGAUUCGAUGCGCGUGCAGAGCAUGUCAGCCUUUCAGACGCCUCAACACUCUCCGCGAUCGCUCAGACCUGAUGUUUCGGCCUUUGUCUCACCUUCAAAGUCGAGCAGUGCUUCCAUGAGUUUGCAGCUGCGUUCUACCCGACCUUUGCAGGCGCAAGCCGCGACGCAGACCAGUCACAAUGGUAGGACCCUGUCUCAACUUCGCCGGUCGGUCGAUUUGGGCGCUUCGAACGUACAUAGCGGCAAGAAGAGACGCAAGGUGGUCGUGCGCGACGCUGCUUAUGCCACGUACAAGGCCUUGCUGUACUACCUCUACACCGACACGAUCGCCUUUGCACCGCUGCACUCGCGCUUCUACUCUCAUGCAACGUCAUCUGACGAUAAAUCGGAUGUCCUUGGAGGCGAGCUCGACUUAGCAGACGGUGCGUCGGCUACGUAUGCAGCUUCUGAUGCUGAAGCAUCUCCUGUUCGCAGCAGCACCAAUACUGCUCCGGGCAGCAGCUUUGCCAAGGACCGACGAAGGGCACAGCACCUUCGUCAAUACUUUAUCGAUGAGUAUUGCGCCGUGCAUACCAAUGUGCCAGCCCCCUGUUCGGCCAAGUCCAUGUACCGGCUCGCAGACAAGCUGCAGAUUCCAGAGCUCAAGAAGCGUUCACAGCAAGAGCUCGCAAACAAUCUCACCGUCGACAACAUUGUUUGGGAAGCCUUUUCGGGCUUCAAUUCGCAGUUUCCAACGAUCCGCAAGAUGGAGACCGACUUUCUGCUCAAGCACUGGAACGAAGUCAAGAGCACCGAGGUGAUGAAGAACAUCGUUUCUAGGCCGAGCGCUCAUCCCGGCUUAGCGGACAUCUGGCCGCAUCUGCUCAGCCAGCUCGAGUUUCGCGGUUCCAACAGCGAGAACAAGUCUGAGGGUUCGGCGUGA